GGAGAAGUUCCAUACAAUGACAUAAAUAACGACACGCUUCUCCGACAAAAGAUUCUCAUGGAAGGACUGCGGUUAGCGCCACCUCCAGAUAUGCCACCAGAGAUGACUCAACAGAUGCAAGAAUGCUUCGCUAGAGAGGACGAACGACCAAGCUUCGUCACUAUCGCAGAUUGUUUUCGUAAUCGAUUGACUUUGGUGAAUCAGCUGAGAGCGCAAUUCUCAAAGAAUGUCACUGCAGUAUGGCGUCGUCUGGAAAAGUUUUCAGAGGAUCGAAACACCAACAAUGCAAACAAUGCAAAUGCAAAUGCAAGUGUUGAAAUCGCUAACAGCCGGAGCAGUGUGUGA